AUGCAACCUAAUGCCGUGUUUGGAAAAUUCAUGUCCUACUGCGGAGACCCAAACAAAGUGAAAUAUGACAAAAACUCCUUUCCCAUCCCGUCCGUCCGUCCCCUUUCGCCCAGUCAUUCUACCAAUAAAGCAACUUCAAGGGAAAAAAACAAAUGUUUUAAUGCUCGACGCCCAAUACGCCACAAGAGGGGACAUGAGCAGCAAAUAAGGUAUGCCAAGCAGGGAACCAAUAAUCGUCCUGAUUUUCCAUUCUCCUCCCACUCCCCCAGUGAAUCCUCCCUCCAAAAGAGGAAAGGAGAGUGCCCGCUCGCUCGCUUUCACUGCAACAUCAAGGGUUUUUUUUUAAACAAGAACAAGACUGAACACCAUAUGCUAAAUGCGAAAUGCGAAAUGCGGACGUUGCUGAAUAAGGGAAGCAGCUCGGCUGCAACGUGA